GUCAGAGACCAAUAAGUGUUCAUACGAGUCGUCACUCUCAAAUCGCAUCGAACAUGCAUUGAAUAUACAUUCAAAACGUGCCCUGGCCCACAGUACUGAGGGUAGGUAGCAUUGAUGGAUACCCUCAAUACACACACUAUACCGACCAACCAACCAGCAUUAUACGAAUGAGCAGUGUAGCUUUCCCCCAAUCGGAGCGUUGCACAUAGGGCAUUUGUUUCUGCCGUCUGCCACACGAGCAGCGCACCGCGAGCAUAGUGCAAAGUGCAUGCACGGCAAGAAGAGAGUAUCUCGGUCGCGCUCAAAGCAGACUUGACACACCCACAUGCUCGCCUGAAGGAAACAGCCAUACACGCGGUCCCCAAGCAUCAGCCUGUCAAGCACCCUAUCUGUUGUCACCUUUUCUUGCAACUGGGCAUUCUCCGCUUGAAGCACUGCAAUGCGCCCUUCAUCGGCACUCACCUGCACGAGACGCGCAUACUCAGGAUGACGUACAUGAGGGCACGUUGCCUUCAUUCGUCAUUGACUGACUGACUGGCUGACCGACCCGCUCAUUCACCUGCUGCCUGAGCGUCGAGAUGUCAGCCGUCUUGUCUCUCAGCUGUUUUUCCAUCCGCCCGUGUACCUCACGCAUCCGACCCACACGCCGACAAUGCAUCUUAUGUAAUGCACCCAGCACCUCGGAUGCAUCGCCACCAGCGUCACCCCCACUCAGCGCAUCGUGGUAGAAGGCGAGCGGCGAAGUGAGCACCUGGUAGUCGUCCGCGGCCUUUCGGGCGUCCCUGUCCUUCGCUCGGGCCAUUUGCUGCGCCAGGUGGAUCUGCCGCUUGGCCGAACCGAUUUGCUCAUCCAAUGCGGUUGCCAAUGGAAGUAGCGAGGGCGGCAGCAGACAGGCACGGCGUGCGAGCAGCGAUGUGGCAAAGCUGAGGGCCUCAUUGAGCAACGCGACACUCGAUGCCGAGAUAAACGAACCAAGGACGUCAGAAAGAGUCGAGAAGCCCUGAACACGCGAACACGUAACCUCAUAUAAGUGCUGUGUAUGGCAGCGUCUUGGCGCCUUUAGGUCCAUCCGCAUUUUACUUACGGCAAGGGUUCGUUGGUUGUGCUGGUGGAUGGCACUGACCCGCUGUGCGGUGCGCGUGGGUACGCAGCUGGCGCACUUGCCGCACCUGGCACACCGACGAGCGCCACAACCAUCCGCCCUAGCCCGCUUCCCACGGCCCACUGCCGGCACCGAGUAGACGCCUACAUGCCAUGCCAUGCCAUGCCAGGGACAACCGGAGCAUACAUGUACUAGCCACGCUUCUUCGCGAAUGUCCUUCUCGGCGUAUUCUCUUUCACUCACCGCACAAGCAGACGCUAUUGCCGUCUGGCCGCUCUCCGCCACCGGAAUGAGAGCUUGCCAAGCCAACAUCUCUCUUGCCCCCCAAAACGGCCACCUGUACGGCCGCGCACAUGUCGCUCGCCAUCAUCCCCUCCACACAGGACGCGCACACCGACACCUCACUGUCGGCGGCAGUGUCGCCCAACAGCAGGACAUCAUCCGUCUCCCGGCUCAACGAGGCCUCCUUGAUGUGGUGCUGUGCAUAUGAGUGGGCAAAGGAUGAUGCCAAGCAGAGAGCGGUGUGGAUGCUCUUGAGCGCCAGCCACACGAGGGACAGCAGGCCGUCCACAGCCUCCGUCAUCACCCACGGCAACAUGUGCAUGUCCGCCGCGCGAACGAGGGGCGAAAGGCUGCUGCUCAGCGCCCGCCUGACAAAGUGCCAAGAGAGAGAAUGCGCGUUACGUCGACCAUUCCACCCUCAUUUGCCGACUGACCUGUGCGCGUUGACGACCUUUUGCUGCUCGCGCCAUCUGUCCUCUCUGUCUUGCGCCUCACUACUAGCUCCCUCGAUUCUCUCCAGCAGCUGCUGCCCCCGCUUCACGCACGCAUCCACCGAUGCGUGGGCGUACCGAAGUCGGCACACGGUACUCUCCAGGAUAGAAAGCCUCAUCCGCCAGAGGUGCGUGUGCCUCUGGAGCAGGUCCAUGAGUCCACCGAGGUGUUUCUUGUGAAGCGACACGAGGGACGUGAGGCUGAACGACAAGGCACAGGAAGAAACGACAUAUCUUGUAUAUACGCUACCCCAAGGACCGAGUGGUAAUCGACUGACCCGCUCGAUAAUGUCCCACCUGCAACGGCCAUGUCGAAGGCGAACCCCUCCGGAAGAGAAAUAGCCAACAUGUGCCCAACACGCCGAUAGGGUGCCACAAAGCCACAUGAAGACUCGCCCAGGAACUCAUGCAGCGAGGGGAUCGCAGCCCGGUCACCCGGCUUGUUUCUGUCUCCGACUCCUGGUGACGAGUCCUGGGAGAAGAGGCGGUGAUGGAUGUGCGACAGAGAGGCCAGCAAAGGAUUGCCGCUGCGCGGUGGAGGCGGUGGGGGAGGUGGCGGGGGAGGGCGCGAUGAUUGCACCGUCGUGUGCUGCUUCAGGGCUUCGUUGAGGGUCGCUGUGAUGUUCCUCGCUCUUUGGAGAAGCUUCUCGCUCAGCCAGUCUCGCUUCAGAACGCGCACCAACGUGACCAGGCUCUCCUGCACGCAACAUGCCAUAUGCAGACCAGGAGGGCGUUAUCAUAUGGGAAAGACACUCAUACUAUAUGGCUUUUCACAUUGUCGUUGCUCACGUGGUGCUUCUGAGAAUUGCCCUUGACCAUCAACUGCACAAUGUCCCGCCAGCCAUCGAGCGUCCCGACACCCAUCGCACACAGCAGGCGGGCGGCGCACUCAGCACCAUCAGUGUCGCCCAUGGGUGCCUCGCGCCCCUCCUUGCCCUCGAACAAACGACGGCCCACUGACCCGCAUAGUGCCUGGAUGAUGAUGUCAAAUAGCGAGCUGCGAAGCAUUGCCUGCACAAGUGGGAAAGAAGAGCUGCCAGGGCAUGCAUUGCGUGCAUAUAUGGGACCUGUGAGAGGGUCAUGACGGUCAUAUGACCAGCCAGUCGUCGCUCACUCUCGAUGAGCUGCUCCAGUGUCAGCAACUCUCCCUCGUCGCUGCUGAUGCUCUCACCUUCCUGAGGGCUGCACGCAUACUGAGGCUCAGGUGCGACAGUCGGGGCGGCUCCCUGCUCCGUGGUGAGGUAGCGGUGCAGUACGGCGGCAUACGCAGACCAUACGAGCGCCAUCUCCUCACUCGAAGCACCUGCACAAACACAUACACACGUCUUUUCGUGCUCUCGAUGUGCGGCAUCUCGCUCUUCUCUCUCACCGAUCGCCUGUGCCUCGAUGGCGAUUUCCACCUCCUCAGCUGCACCGUGUUGGCGAAACAUCUGGAUGAGAUCGUCUGCGCACCGCGCUGCAGAAGCGCUGAGGGCGUCCGUGCCCCGUGCCGCGUGGCCGUGUGGUGCUAUCUGCCGCUCCUGCUGGGCUUCGAAUGCAGAUGGGGGUAUGCGGUCAUCCAUCUUGAAGGACGUGGGAGACGACGAAGUGCCCUCAUCGGAGGAGGCAGUGAGGGACGACGGCGGAUCUGCAUCGGUCAUCCGCACAGACGGCCGCGGGGCAGUCGAUAAGCCGCAUGCAGCAUCGCUUGCACCUUGCACAUUGCUCGAUUCCGUACGAGAAGCGCCACCGACCCUCUUCCCCGGCGCGGUGUUACUCGGCUCAUCCGCAGUCUCGAAGGCGACGUGCACUUCUGAAGACGAGCCGCCAGCAUCAACAGAAGAAGAAGGUAGGGGCUGCCGCGGUAGGCCUGGAGGGCUCCGUGUCUGCUCUCCACUGUUGUGAUGACGCUGCCGACGUGCAGCUCGUCUCCUGCGGGAUCCGAUGCGACGACGGAUGGACUCGAGAGCUGAGCCACCGCAUUUUGUUAUCGAUGACAGCAUCGUGGGAGGGUGAGCU